CGAGAUCGCUGACGACACCAACCACAAACAACAAACCACAACAACAUCCACCCACCAACGAGGUCGCAAGCAUGAGCGGGUAUGACUGGAACAGCGAUUGGAAGUCUGGAAAGUCGUUUGUAGGCUCCCUGCUUCGGGAGACGGCAGCAGAGCGUGAUGAACGACUCAGGCGUGAACGCAUGGAACAAGAAGAAAGGCAGCGGCACAUGGAGCAACGGGAGCAGGCCGAGUUUGAGCAGCAGCUGCGCAGCCAUCGCGAGCGCGAACUCGCCGAGGAAGCACGGCGAACACAAAUCAACGCAGAGCACGAGCGCCUCUGGGGCAGUUCCUUCUCCUUUGGCACGUCUACAUCCAGCGCCACCAGGGACAGAGUCACGGGCUCCUCGAGCAACCUCGUCCAGCAGACCACACACCACCAUGAGCGACAGCUGCGGCAGGUGCAGGAUCUGGACGACGUGUCUCGCCUCGCCGCACGCUUUGAUCACGAGCUGGAGGAGCAGGAGGCCGCAGAGCUAAUGGAGCGAGAGGCGCUCGCACGGCGGCUGAGGGAGGCAAAGGAUAUGGAGCGUGCCGUGGCACUGCAAGAGCAGCUCACCAACCCGCUGGGCCUGCACUACCAGGACCAACACGCGCCUCCGCCAGGCUAUUCCCAAGGCCAGGUGUCUCCUUACCCGACCGCCCCACCCCCACCGGCCACCGGCCAUCAGCAGCCGGCGUCGUCAUCGGCGCCAUCAUCAUCUGCGCUGUAUCCCCCGCCGCCGCCGCAGUCAUCACAGCAGGAGCAGCAGCACUUCCACGACACGUUUGCCCAGCACCCGCCCGCGUACUCGGCCGCCACCGCCAUUGCAGAGAAGCAGCACGACAGCGCAUCACAGCAGCAGCAGCAGCAGCAACAGCCGUUGACGGCGAGCACGUGGGCGUCUCCGCCUGCGUCGUCAUCGACGCUGCCCCCAUAUGCGGCGCCUGGCGGGGUGUCCAUGCACGCUCGUCCGCCAUCGCCAGGCACCAUUGCCGCGUCCAAGCCGCCAUCGUACUUUGCAGCGCUUGACGAGAAGGUGAAGCAGCCCGGUGUGAGCAAGAUGCGCGAGGCACGCGAGCUGUUUGCUCCGCAGACCGCCAACGCACCGCCGCCGACGUUUCGCCCAGCAGAGGGCGCGCAGGUGCGCUGUGCAUCGUGCUUUGACGUGAUCCGGCCGGACCUCCCGCGUGGGUUCAGCGGGCUGGCGGUGAAGCAGGGCGUGUCGACGUACCAUGUGGAGUGCUACGAGAAGAGUGCUGCACCGCACUGCGCGUACUGUGGGCGCACGCUGUACCCGCACCCGGAGAUGAACCUGAGCGGGGUAUGGGGCGAAUACAAGGGCAAGAAGUAUCAUGUGGAGUGUUACCAGUACCGCGCUGGGCCGCGCUGCUGCUCGUGCUUUGACGUCAUCUUUGCCAACCCGGCCAAGCAUCUCUCUGGCGCGUGGCGCACCCUCCCUGACUCGAGCUUCAUCCACGAGGAGUGCUACCAGCGCCGCCUCCGCCAGUCGCAGUGAUGUAAUCUCACGCCAGUGUGUACAUGCGUUGUGUGUGUGUGCGUGUGCAUGCGUUGUGUUGCAUGUGUGCUGUGGGUAUCGUAUGCAACCAUGAGUGGGCUGCAGCCUCCUCCUUCAAGUUGCUGCUAUUACUGUUACCACAAGGGGACUUCUCGUCGCUUCGCUUCACUCGUGCGUUCGUUCGUUCAUUCAUUGCGGUUGAGCGUGUAAAGAAAGGAACAGCUA